AUGUCUUUUAGGGCCAAUGUAGAUUCUAAUAGUAGCAAUGAAGAUUCUAUUGAUUCUGACAAUAAAUUUUGGAGAAAACCAGUAACAGACGACGACGACGGCGACGACUUAGAGAAGGAAGUUGAAGAAGGGUCAUAUAUCAUGUUUGCAAAAAAUAAGAGAAAAGAUGUUAAGACGCACUCCCCUGGAUACCAAUAUACCCGUACCAACGACAGUAGCAACAGUAUCAGCAAUCAGCAACAACAACAACAACCACCACCUUUAGCUACAGCUACGUCAACGCAUAUUAUUGCCAAACCAGUCAUCAACAAUCAUCAAGAUAGAGAUAAUUCAACAAAACGAUAUCAAACAAAAAUGCUACUGGCCUCACUCAUUGAGCAUUUUUGUCGAAGCUAUGGCGAUACACCCGAUGCCAAUAGAAAAGUAUUCUUCUUAAUUUGUCAAACCUUACGUUCCUUAGGAAUUAUUGACGCUGAGUUUGUGGAUGAAAUGACAAGCGUUCGCUCGGCUUUUCAACAAGCUUUCAAUAAAUUAUUCUAUACCGCUGUUCAAACCGUCCGUAAUCAAGAUUUAUUAAGCUUUGAUGACAAUCCUUUACCAGCAAUGAGGAUUAAAUCGGCACCGGCCAAUGAAAACGCUGUAGAAAAAGGAGACAUAGAGGAGGAGUGCUCUUUUAGAAGCAGUAGCACUACUAGUGCUGAGCCUGGCAGUAGUGGUGACACUAGUAGUAAUAGUAGUAAUUACAACAGUCGAAGAACUUCUUUCAGAAACGAUGUGCCAGAUUAUUUUUCAGUACAAGCGACAUCAUCUGAAACUGCCAACGUGUCAUUACAUCAACAACAUAUGCAAUUACAAGAGCAUCUAUUAUCCUCUAGUUUUAGUAACUCUUACCCCUCAGUAGUCAGCAACAGUCAUAAAAUGCAUUCACCUAUUUCAACUAGUUUCCAAUCGUUUAUGAGCGGCUGCGGUGCUCAGCAUCAACAUCAACCGCAUGUGGAUUUCUUUUAUAAUUUAAGUGUACAAAAUUCACGAUACAAUAAUGAUUUCAUCGAAUUGAAUUUGAUUGGUAAAGGAGGUUUUGCAAGCGCUUACCGUGCACGUAAUAAAUUAGACGGUGUUGAUUACGCAAUAAAAAAAAUUCGGCUAGGUCGUGAUAUUGAAGAAAAGGCACAACAAUCCUCCAUGGAAGAUAACCCUUACGAAAAGAUAUUUCGAGAAAUAAAGAAUUUGGCGAGACUCGAACACAAUAACGUGAUUCGUUAUUAUUCUUCUUGGUUAGAAUACGACAUGAAUUCAGAGAUGGAUGACGACAAAGAAGUAGGCACCGAUGAGUCGGAUUGGGAAGAAGAUACAUCACAAUCAUACCAUAAACAUCAUUCGACAGCGGCAUCUUAUAUUGAAAGUGACGAAGAUGAAAGCUUCAUUUUCAGAGGAAGAGAUCCAACUUUCAGUAGCGACGAUCAUUCACAUUCAUUCUCCUUCUCUGCAGGUGCUGAUAUCUCUUUUGGCGGCGGUGAUGAAGUAAGUGGCAUGUCUCAGAUACAAUUUGGCGAGUCCAGUGACUAUUUCGCAAAUGAUACCACAAAUGCUAGCACAUCAUUAUCAAUGAAUAUACCCUACAAAAACACAAACUGUAAUAUACACCCAUCGCAACAAAAAGAACAUCGCAAAAAACCAACAAAAAACAGUAACAGCAACAGUAACAAAAAUACAAAGACAAAAAAUAGCAGUAAUGAUAGUACAGGCUGGACUUUGUUUAUUCAAAUGCAAUUAUGCCCAACAACUCUUCACGAUUAUAUUCGUUUUCGUAAUAAACAAUAUGCAGAAGAUGGUGACUUGAGCGUGGUAGACAGUAGACGCAAUAUUGAAAUUUUCGCACAAAUAUUAGAAGGAACUGCUUAUAUCCAUGAUCAAGGCUUGAUUCACAGAGAUUUGAAGCCAAGCAAUAUUUUCCUAACCCUUCCUUCUGGCUCAACCUAUGUGAACGACGUGGAUGGAAAAAGGCGUCGACGAGUGAGUAAUGUAGGCCUGUCACAGCAAACCAACAAUCCGACGCCAACUGCUUCUAUGACCUUGGGAUCUGCUGCUUCUCCCAAUCCCAACAGCGCCCUUUUAGCGGUCUUUGAUAACAACAAUAGCAACAACAGCAUUUUUACUAUGUGGAAUGAAUCCUUGGUACCGAAGAUCGGUGAUUUCGGUUUAGCGGCUGAAGCGAUACAUGAAGAAGGUAGUGGCGAUACCGUUCUUGUUCCUACUCCUAUCUCUUCAACACCUCCGAGCCCUAAAAUAUCCCCUAUCUCCACCUCUGCUGCAUCAAAUAGCUCUAACUCAACCCUUGCCGAAGUAGUCACUAGUCCGGGAAGUAUGACAAGUAUGAGUUUCAGCAAUACCAGCGGUGUCCAGGCUGAAAGUGCCACUACUUCAGCAGCGACUGUUCGCAUUAAGAACAAACCCAAACGACCCAAGGCGCAAAGAAUGCGUACUGUCGGUGUGGGUACUCGUACCUACGCUUCACCAGAACAACUUGCGGUUCCUGCUCAAGCCUACGAUGAAAAAGUUGACAUUUACUCCCUCGGCAUCAUCCUCUUUGAACUCUUUCAACCUUUCUCGACGGGCAUGGAGAGAGCAGAUACUAUUGAUAAACUCAAACGAGGCAUCUUCCCAGAGGGUUUCUUAGAAUUGUAUCCUAAAGUCAGCGCAUUAAUUCUGUGGAUGAUGGAUAAACGGCCCGACUACCGCCCAAGCGCCCAUCAACUUUUAGAAUUUGAGUUGUUCUCACAUCCCAGUGCACAAGAUGAUGGCGAUUUAUGCCUGACACUCAAAGCCCAACUUGAAUCCAGGGCCAAGCAGUUGGAGCGUAAGAAUAAAGAAAUUGAAGAAUUGAAGUCCAAGUUGAGGCAGGUCGAGUUGGAAAAGGAACAAACGGUGAGUAAGAUGCAAAGACAGUUGGACGAAAUGCAAGUCAAGUUAAGUUAUUAUCAGCAGCGGCAUUACGGUAAAAAUGAGAAGAUGGAAGGUUCACCAGUAAAGAACACUGCAGCAGGCGGAACGAUACCAUCUUCACCCACCCCUACUACCUCUAGUUCAACCGUUCAUCCAGUCGCUAUAAAUAAUACCCUUAGAAAAUCAUGUUUAAGUCCUUCCAAUUCGUUCUUAAGAAAGAAAAAAGAAGUAAGAUGGUCAGCUCUAGAUAUGAACUGA